CCAGUGUGAAGAAGAAAGAACGACGGAGGAGUCGUGUCUUGGCGGGAAAGCGAACGAGAUCGUUUAAGCCGGGCGGCUGAGAGGAGUAAAGGAGGAGACGGCAAAGUAGCUGUAGUAGCAGCAGCAAUUUAAGAUAGUUCUCGUAGCCCGGAAGCCGAGAUGCAUCGUGAUUCAUGUCCACUGGACUGCAAGGUUUAUGUAGGGAACCUUGGGAACAAUGGCAAUAAGACAGAAUUGGAACGUGCUUUUGGCUACUAUGGACCACUGCGCAGUGUGUGGGUUGCUCGCAAUCCCCCUGGUUUUGCCUUUGUUGAAUUUGAAGAUCCACGUGAUGCUGCUGAUGCAGUGCGAGAACUAGAUGGGAGAACACUUUGUGGGUGCCGUGUCAGAGUGGAGCUGUCCAAUGGUGAAAAGCGUAGUCGGAACCGUGGUCCACCUCCUUCUUGGGGUAGACGCCCUCGGGAUGAUUACCGUAGAAGAAGUCCUCCACCUCGCCGCAGAUCUCCACGAAGGAGAAGUUUCUCCCGUAGCCGCAGCAGAUCCCUUUCUAGGGAUAGAAGGAGAGAGAGAUCACUAUCAAGGGAAAGAAAUCAUAAGCCUUCCCGUUCAUUUUCCAGAUCUCGUAGCCGCUCCAGGUCAAAUGACAGGAAAUAGAACUUGAGGAAGAGCAGUGUACAGGAAGUCACGUUAGAUCUGAGGAAAGGAGUAUGUACAGAACAUUGUUUUCUUUAAGACUUCAUAAGCUUGGUGCAUUUUAAAAAUGUUUUAGCUGUCAAAUUUUGUUUUCUUGUCUUUUGUAACAGGUGACAAAUGUAACAGUUGUUGAAUCUGUAUAUGGUUCUCAGCAGAUCAUAUGAAGUGUAAAAAACUUGUUGCUUUACAGUGUACCCUUAAGCAUAACUUGAAUUUCCAUUAAUGUUAACUAAUAACCCUACUAAAUAAACCUGGAAAGCCAUGCAGUAGCAAAUGCUUCCAGUAUAAAUUGUAUAACACAUGGAAUGUUAAAUCGUGAACAUUUGCUACAAUCACAGAUUGGCAAUCCAUUUAGGGUUGGCUCUUGAAACUUAGUCAGAAUAGUGAUCAGAAUACAAACAAUGGCCAGGAAAGGGAAUAUGAAACCUUGUAGCUGCAUUUUUCUAAAACUGUUUGCAAGUUCUAAUUUGUACCAUCUCAAAAUUACCGCAAAUUUUCUGUUAUGUAAAAUAUAGAUUAAAUUUUAUAUUUUGGGGUGUAGAGCAUUGCUUAGAUGAAACUGCUAAAAUGUAAUAAUCUAUUUACUGUUUUCUUAGCUGAUGACUAAAGGAGCAAAAUGAUAUUUAUGCAUAAGGGUACAUUGUAGAGAUAAUACUUUCUUAUUGUGCAGAAGUUGUCAUGUCACUGUAAACUUUGGAGAUCUUGGGAUUAAAGUUUUGGUUACAAAUCGUUGUAAGUUUAAGUUUUAUAUCUUGACAUACUUUCAAGAAAAAUAUAACAUCCAGAUAGACUUUUGUACAGUUUAAUUUGAAUCUGUUACCAUUGUGAACUAGGUGGGGCCAUAGUCAAAUUUCACUGUGCUCGUGCUCGGAUAAGUGACUUCAAAGAGAAUGUUCAUACAUAAGCAACUACUCCCACAAAGUUCCUUAUUAAAAUACAUCCUGUUCUGACAGUGGUUGCCUUGAUCAUGAAUCCGUAUGAUGGCUACUACAUGACAUUCAAACAGGUUACAGUAAGAUACGGCUAAGCAUGCUGCGCUCAGACGCUUUGGACUAAUGAAGCACUCGAACUAAUUACUUGAGCUUGCUGUUAAGGGAUUCAGAAUUACGCAUCAAACUUAGCUUUGUCAUGUCCACAAAUCUUAAAAUGCCCCGCUUUAAAGUUAAGUGUUGCAUGUGAUGCUUACUUGCAAUAGAAACUUCCUGUAGUGCAUGUUAUUAGAACACCAGUAUGUACAUUGAACUUGUAUGCUAGAAAGUGAUUGCUCUUUUGUAUUUAGAUUAAAUCCAUACUACUUGAAAA